UGCAGCGCCGUCUGCCGUCUGGAAGAGCGAAGUAAAACUCAAACAUUUUAACUUUAAAAUGUUUAUUCUUUUAUCAUUUAGUGCUAGAUAUAUAUAAGAAAUAUGUUUCAGGACUUGGACCCGUAGCUGAGCACAAAGCAGCCGUGAAAACAGGCCUGGGACAUGGAUAACUGUGAUUUGGAGAAGCUGUGUGUAUCUGCUGGGAAGCUCCAUCCGGAGUUCACACCUGAAGUCACAGACUACAGCAUGACAGUGGAGAGCAGUGUCAACAAAGUGACUCUUGACCUCACCACCAGUGACUGUGGAGCUUCAUGCAGUGUUCUCUCUGGUGACGGUUCGAGAAGCAUCAAACUGAAAGACGGGUUAAACAGAGUGGAAAUCGAGGUGAUAGCAGAGGACGGCACCACCAAGAAAUACUGUGUGGAAAUCAGCCGGCUCUCCGCGAAGGUCGCAGAGCUCACUGAUCUGGUUUUGGGAGAAGAUAUUCCACUUCAUCCUGCGUUUUGUACCAAGAUCUAUGAAUACAACAGUGUUGUUCCCUUUCAUUGCAGUGCUGUGACUCUGCUUCCCACGGUACCAGACAAAAACAUUAAAGUUACAGUGAAUGGGGAAGACAGCUCCAAACCGGUGCCUCUGAACUUCGGGGACACCGUGGUGGAGAUCUUAGUCUGUUCAGCAGAUGGCAGUAAUUCACAGACGUACACGCUGCUGGUGAUUCGGGAGCUUAUUCCCAUGGCUGUGACCUUCACGGAUGGGAAGCAGCAGCUGGACUACGAAUGUCCGGUAUCUCUGACUGCUUUUUAUAGACCUGUAUCUAUCAACAACAGUGACCCCAAACACAUCUUCUCGAGGCCUUAUAUCGAGAUGUUGGCGCGCAGAUCCAAAGUCGACCCACUCAGCGAUUGCCCUCUGGGAGACGGCUGGAAGGUCGUCGAGCUGGACCUCGACAGGAAGAUGUCGGACGCUCCGGUCAAGUGUUUCUUCGCUUACCGAGGAUGUGACAGCGUGAUGAAACUGUCGGAGCUGGGGUCACACUCUCUGGACUGUCCACACAAGCCCACAGGGGACCUGGAUGCAAAGGACGUCACAGAGACAAGUUGGUAUAAGAAGCACUUUGAAUCAUCCAGCUGUUUGGAGAUAGAGACUAAACACACUUUGGAGGUGCGUAACUGGGAGAAAAGACUACAAAUGACAUCCAGAGAAGACAAUGUGGAAAAACUGUGUGCCUCGGCUCAAGAUGAGCUGAAACACUACCGGCAACACCUGCCAAAACCGGGGGACAUGUUGCAGUAUGAGGACGGCGAGUCUCCUCUGCACAGCCUGGACCAGGCCGCUGUCCACUACGCGUCAGCUAUCAGACUCAACUCCAGAGAUCCCAGGCUCCACUUCCUGCUGGGUGUCGUUCUGGAGGAGCAGCACUACGCCACGGAGAUGUACGGCCUCCAGCGGAAGGCUGACAGAGACAGAGACGACAUAAGCGACGCCAAAUCGGCGUCCCGUCAGGACGACAUCCUGGCCGUGUGCAAACUCCACGGUUACGUCGGCACUCCCACGGUGCAGAACCAGCUGCAGGCCUUGGAUAAAGAGUACCAGCAGCUCAAAGAGCAAGGACAGUCCAGCAAAGCAGACUAUGUCCAGACGCUCUACAUCUGGCUCUCCAAGAAAACUGGCAAGGACAGCAGUGCAGCUGUGCGGGAUGAAGAGAACUGUGUCCACCGGGCCCUGAUGAAGUACCUUGAUGCCUGGUCACUGAGUCCCGACAGCUGGGAGUACAACCUCCAUGUAGGAAGGCUGCUGCUGCUGCAGGGCAAGAGCAAGGAAGCCCUGCAGCACCUCCAGAGCGGCCUGGCACUGCGGCCCCUUCAUGCUGCACUCAGAUUCUUCACGGGGCUGGCUCUGCAGCAGGAACACAAAGCCUCCGCAGACUCUGAGAAGGAGGCCGCUCUGUUCUUACAACAGGGACUGGAGCAUUUUGUCAGCCAGCGCUGCAGCAAGAGCUGGGUGGGGCAGGAUCCAGCAGACCCUCUGUCCAGCCUCAGCACACAGUUCCUGAGAGGCCUUCUCACUCUGGGUCAGCUGCAGCAGAAGAAAACACUGUCCGUGAAGGCCAUGAGUGCAGAACAGAUAUACCACACUGUAGCAGUGCUGACCGCCCAGAGCGUGAGUCAGUGUGUGUGCCGCGGCGAGGUGAGCGGGCAGCUGGAGUGGGUGCUCCUGGAUGCUCAGUUUGCCCUGCUGCAGGGCCUGAUCCAGCAGGGUGAGUGCCAGGCCAAGCCGGGCAUGGAGAAGCAGUCCCUGGUGGCAAAGAGAUGCCAGGCCCUCACGGCUCUCAUACGCCUCACCUCUAUCGCCAACAGUCAGGAGCUGAUGGACAUGCAGGAGAGGGCAUGCCAGCUAGCAGUAGUGACCGCACCACGGGACAGCCACGCUCUGUGUCUCUUGGGCCUGGCGCAGCUGUCUCAAUAUGACAUCAACCCAACUUCAGACAGGUCAAAGGAAGCACUAAGCGACGCCUGCCUCAGCUUCCAGGCCAGCAUUGAGCUGGAAGACAAGACUCAGAGCGGAGAGCCACUUGAACAGCUGCUCAAACAAAAGUGGUGGCAGGACCGGCAAGAGGCUGAAAAGGCGAAAGCCGCCAAGCAGUCUACCACGCAACCAGCGGGACUGAAGGGGCCUUCUGACACCGGCACGGCCAAGAGAGGAGCUAAGCGGGGCAGAGGAGGGACUGUUCAAGGCCGGGCGGCGGCAGCAGCUGUAACCAAAGCUCCUGCUCCUGCACCGCCAGCCCCCAUCAGAGGAGGGAAAGCUGCCCGACCUCCAGCCAAAACCCCUGCAGCCAGGGGGCGAGCUGGAGCAGCAACCAAGCCAGAUAAAUCCACUAAAGCUCACAACAACAAUAUUAAAGCCCAGCUCCCUGCCAGCAAGUCCAAACUGGACUGUUGCCCCAGUGCUGUUGAGACAGCCGAGGAGCCUGCUGUGGCAGACACAGUGAGUGUGUCCAGUCGGGUGAACCGCAGGUCUCAUAUCUCACGGCUCGGUCUGGCCCGCGCCCUCUCCCGCUCUGCUGACACCCAGGACCGGGCAAAGCAGCUUUACCGAGAGGUCAUCGGCAUGGCACCAGGGCUCCACGAUGCCUACAUUGAGCUCGUGCAGCUGCUGGAGCCGACGGACCCUCAGGCUGCAGUGGACGUGUACUGCAGAUUCCCUCUGAAGCCCGUGGCCGAGCAGAGCUUCGACGAUGCCUUCAUCACGGGAGAGAUCGUCCGCAUGUUGAUGACCAUGGAGCAGUACGACCACUCGCAGCUGGGCCCCAACCUCGUAGCGCACGGCAAAGUCAUGGGUCUAAGUUGCAUAGAAAAAUAUAUCGACAUCUUGGAUGGAAAGUCCAUGACCCAGCUGCUGAAGAGCGUCUACGCGAGGAUCCACGACAGAGAGGACGACGAUCAGGACCUGCAGGAUUUCUUCAAGUUCAAAUGCUGGAUCUGAUAAUGACCCUCUAACACACACACCUGUGUUCACCUUUCAGAUUCCUUAAGUGAGUCACAGUUUUGCUUACAGCAGACCAAAUACACACACAUCUUCUGUCCUGAGCUGAUGUGAUACUUAUAACCCCUUUAACUGUACUGACAGCUGAUGUUGUGAUGAAGCCAUUCAGGGACAGUGUUCAUCUUUUUCUCCAAAGGCACGUUUAAUUUGAAAACAGAGUUCUCAAUAAAAAUGACAUAUCAAAAGUGACGUUAAUAGAUAAAACUGGAUUAGAACAAAGUUCACCAAUAGUGCAACAAAAGACGGGUGUUUCAGUGAGCAUCCUACAAAAAUGGAAACAGAUAAAGAAAUUAAAUCUUGACUAAUUUCUUC